ACACAAGGGGGCCAGUUAGGAAAACCCCUAGAGAGAGAGAAAAGGAAAGGCAAGACAGUGUGAGGGAGAGGAAAUGAGACAACCACCCAAACUUCCCAAACCACCCUAUCAAGCUGCGCUCUUGGAAUUGGAUCCCUCCCUCGUUCACCACCUGAGAGCAGAGAAACACAGUUGUGCCUCAGAGAGGAGUGAGGAAGACCGAGAGAGCUAAACAAAGAACAGGUGAGAGCAAAAGAGGACAGCUGAACUUUUACGUUCAAUGAACUUGUCUCUCAAACACAAGAAGACCCGGAGGUUGUACAUUUUUUUUGUUUAAGAAGAAGAGAGAGGAAAAGGGAUCGUGAAAAGGUGAACCUGAACUCUCAAGAGAGCCUGUGUAACUGGAACAACAAAGCAAUGAGCUCACUAUCUCGGGAUUGAAUGAACUCAACGUAAAUCCUUGUGAGAAGAAACUGGAAACCAAAACGUGGACAAGAGAAGAAGAAUGAGAUGAAGAAAGGGAAAACCGGGAUAUUGGGACUACCUGAGCACUUUGUUUUAAACUCUUUUUUAAGUUAUUUUUUUAUUAAUGUUUUUUUUUUAAUGCUUUUUUUACCAACUUACUGUCCAAUCAUCAUGUAGCUAGUUCUGUGGAUGGCCAGGUUUGGACAGUAGAGUAACGAGGAGUGGGUUGAAAUAGUGGAGACAUGUCUCUUGAGGAUGUAGGGAGCAUGAACGGUCUUGGGGUUGAGAGCGGUGCUUCAGACCACUUCGAUGGCAAGUCUCUGAGCCCAGGUCAGGACCCGGAUCUGGAGAACCAGAGCCAGAGCCAGGACGGCAUAUUUCUGGAGCACAUGGCCUCUCUGUCGAUGGACAUGUUUGACCCCAGUGACUUUACCGGGAGGUUCAGUAAGAUCCAGUCGAGGUCCAGAAAGCGCACAAGGAUAAUCAGAGCCUCUCCCGUGGGUCUGAAACCACCACUCCCACCAGUCAGUGGAACCUUGGGAGAGAGAAGGGGUCCUGUCAUCAUGGCGCCCGUCAACGUGGACCCUGAGAGCAAGCCGGGCGAGUUCGUCCUGAAAAGCCUGUUUGCCAACUUCACCUUGCUCUCCGAACGCAAGAUCCGCAUCAUCAUGGCCGAACCACUGGAGAAGCCACUUAACAAAUCACUACAGAGAGGAGAAGACCCACAGUUCGACCAGCUGAUCAGCUCCAUGAGUUCUCUGGCCGAGUACUGCCUGCCGUCCAUCCUGAGGACUCUGUUCGACUGGUACAAGAGGCAGAACGGCCUGGAGGACGAGUCCCACGAGUAUCGACCCAGGGCCAACACCAAGUCAAAAAAUGAUGAACAACAGAAGGACUACUUGUUGGAGAGAAGAGAUCUGGCAAUAGACUUCAUCUUUUCUUUAGUGCUUAUAGAGGUUUUAAAGCAGAUCCCACUCCAUCCUCUGUUGGAUGGACUCAUCCAAGAAGUUAUAAACCUGGCCUUCAAGCACUUCAGAUAUAAGGAAGGGUAUCUGGGACCCAACACUGGGAACAUGCACAUCGUGGCUGACCUCUACGCUGAAGUAGUGGGAGUCGUGGCUCAAUCCAGGUUCCCAGCAGUGAGGAAGAAGUUCAUCUCCGAGCUGAAGGAGCUGAGGCAGAAGGAGCAGAGCCCCUAUGUCAUCCAGUCCACCAUCAGCCUCAUCAUGGGCCUCAAGUUCUUCCGCAUCAAAAUGUACCCGGUGGAAGACUUUGAAGCCUCCUUCCAGUUCAUGCAGGAGUGUGCGCAGUAUUUCCUGGAAGUGAAGGAUAAAGACAUUAAACACUCAUUAGCCGGACUCUUUGUGGAGAUACUCGUACCUGUAGCUGCUACUGUGAAGAAUGAGGUGAACGUGCCGUGUCUUCGAAAUUUUGUAGAAAGUUUGCACGACACAACGCUGGACCUGUCCUCCAGGAAGAAACACUCUCUGGCUCUGUAUCCUCUGGUGACCUGCCUGCUGUGUGUCAGUCAGAAGCAGUUCUUCCUCAGCCGCUGGCACAUUUUCCUCAACAACUGCCUCUCCAACCUCAAGAAUAAAGAUCCCAAGAUGGCACGUGUGGCUCUGGAAUCCCUCUACCGUCUACUGUGGGUUUACAUGAUCCGAAUAAAGUGCGAGAGCAACACUGGAACACAGAGUCGGCUGACGUCCAUCACCUCCACUCUGUUCCCCAAAGGGAGUCGUAGCGUCGUGCCCAGAGACAUGCCGCUUAACAUCUUUGUCAAGAUUAUCCAGUUUAUUGCUCAGGAGAAACUGGAUUUCGCCAUGAAGGAGAUCAUCUUUGACCUGCUGAGUGUUGGGAAGCCUGCCAAAGCUUUCAGUCUGAACCCAGAGCGUAUGAACAUUGGUCUGCGGGCGUUUCUGGUGAUCGCAGAUGCUCUGCAGCAGAAGGACGGAGAGCCUCCUAUGCCCAACACAGGAGCCACCCUGCCCUCUGGAAACUCUCUGAAGAAGAAGAAAACUUAUCUCAGCAAGACGCUCACUGAAGAGGAAGCCAAGCUAAUAGGUAUGUCCUUGUACUACUCCCAGGUACGAAAGGCACUGGACAGCAUCCUCAGACAUUUGGACAAGGAGGUGGGACGCUGCAUGAUGCUCACCAGCGCCCAGAUGCUCAACAAAGAACCAGAGGACAUGAUCACUGGUGAACGGAAGCCUAAGAUUGACCUGUUCAGAACGUGCGUAGCUGCUAUUCCUCGCAUCCUCCCUGAUGGCAUGUCCAAACCUGAGCUCAUUGACCUGCUCUCACGACUCACUGUGCACAUGGACGACGAGCUUCGUCUCAUUUCCCAGAACUCCCUGCAGAGCCUGUUACUGGAUUUCUCUGACUGGAGGGAAGACGUUCUGUUUGGUUACACGCAUUUCCUUCUACGUGAGGUUCAAGACACACAUCAGGGUCUGCAGGAUGCAUCAGUGAAGCUUCUCCUCCAGCUGCUCACACAGUGGAGGUUAGCUCUGCAGCUCCAGGGGAAGACGCGAGGCGGAGUCGAGUCAAGCCCCAGACUUCCAGAACGAAGCCCUCAUUGCUCAGUGCUGCAUGCGGUCGAGGGCCUGGCUCUGCUGCUCCUCUGCUCGUGUCAGAUCAGCACGAGGAAGCUGGCGGUUGGCGUGUUGAGAGAAAUACGUUGCCUCUUCACAGCUCUGGGACAUGCUGAGGAUGAUGACAAACCAAUGAUAGAGGUCAUGGACCAGCUGAGCCCAGCUGUAAUGGACAGCUUUGUUCAUGUGGCUGUCUCUGACUCGUCCACCUUGCCGCUGAACCACCACGUUGACCUCCAGUGGCUGGUGGAGUGGACGGCUCGACUGGUGAGCAGCUCCUAUGAUGUGAAGAGCCCGAGCCACGUCUGGAUUUUUGCCCAGUGCCUGAAGGACCCAUGGGUGCUCUGUCUGCACAUCUUCUUGCGACAGGAGCACCUGCCCAAGCACUGCCCCACCGCCCUGGGAUAUGCCUGGCCCUACGCGUUUACAAGGCUCCAGCUUCUACUUCCUCUGGUUGACCCCAACAGCCCGGUGAACGCUAAGAAGACCAGUACAGCGGGCUCCAGUGACAACUACAUCUCACUGUGGCGUAACUACCUGAUCAUGUGUCUGGGGGUGGCUAAGCCCAGCAUCAUGUCCCCGGGUCACCUCAGGGCUUCCACCCCGGAGAUCACAGCCACCACGCCCGAUGGCAGCGUCACAUACGACAACAAGGUGAUAGGCACUCCCUCAGUGGCCUGGCUUUUAAAGCAGCUCGUCCCGCUGAUGAGAGCUGAGAGUCUGGAGAUCACAGAGUCUCUGGUUCUAGGAUUCGGAUGCACAAACGCUCUUGUCUUCAGGGAACUGGUGGAAGAACUCCAUCCACUGAUGAAGGAAGCACUGGAACGUAGGCCAGAGAACAAGAAACGCAGAGAAAGGAGAGAUCUUCUCAGGCUGCAGCUGCUGAGGAUUUUUGAACUGUUGGCCAACGCAGGAGUUAUCAGUGACAGCACCAACGGAGCACUGGAGCGUGACUCCCUGGCACUGGGUGCCUUGUUCCUGGAGUAUGUGGAUCUAACCCGGAUGCUUCUGGAGGCUGAGAAUGAGAAGGAGCUGGACGUGCUUAAAGACAUUAGAGCCCAUUUCAGUGCGAUGGUGGCUAAUAUCAUCCAAUGUGUUCCUGUCCACCACAGGCGCUUCCUCUUCCCUCAACAGUCCCUGAGACACCACCUCUUCAUCCUCUUCAGCCAAUGGGCUGGACCCUUCAGUGUCAUGUUCACACCCCUUGAUCGUUACAGUGACCGCAACCAUCAGAUCACUCGCUACCAGUAUUGUGCUCUCAAGGCUAUGUCGGCAGUUCUGUGUUGUGGUCCAGUGUUUGACAACGUGGGUCUCUCUACUGAUGGAUAUCUCUACAAAUGGCUUGACAACAUCUUGGCCUGCCACGACUUACGGGUGCACCGUCUGGGGUGUGAGGUGGUGAUCCUGCUCCUAGAACUGAAUCCAGACCAAAUCAAUCUGUUCAACUGGGCAGUGGACCGCUGCUUCACUGGAUCGUACCAGCUGGCGUCCGGCUGCUUCAAAGCCAUUGCCACCGUGUGUGGUAACAGGAAUUACCCAUGUGACCUUGUGACCCUGCUCAAUCUGGUUCUGUUCAAAGCCUCCGACACCAGCAGAGAAAUAUAUGAGAUAUCCAUGCAGCUGAUGCAGGUGCUUGAGUCUAAGCUGUGUGCGUACUCUAAGCGGAUGGUGGAGCAGAAGCCUGGUAACAUUUUGUAUGGAACACACGGCCCCCUGCCCCCCCUCUACAGCGUCAACCUGUCUCAGCUCUCCAUCCAGCUGGCCAGCAUGUACCCGGAGCUCACACUGCCUCUUUUCUCAGAGGUGAGCCAGCGUUUCUCAACAACCCACUCCAAUGGCAGACAGAUCAUGUUGUCCUACCUGCUGCCUUGGCUAAGUAACAUUGAGCUGGUGGACACAGGGCUCCUACCCCCUGCUUCCAGCCCCUGCACACCAGAGGAAGAACCUCGCGGUCAGUCGCGGGGCAUGAAUCUAUCCCCAAGUCUGAGAGGUAACGGCUGGGGCUCCCUGCAGGCGACCUCGCUGGUGCUCAACAACCUCAUGUUCAUGACUGCUAAGUAUGGAGACGAGGUUCCUGGCCCAGAGAUUGAAAACGCCUGGAACGCCCUCGUGUCCAACGAGAGGUGGAGCAACAACUUACGGAUCACCCUGCAGUUCCUUAUCAGCCUGUGUGGAGUCAGUAGUGACACUACACUGUUGCCUUAUAUCAAGAAGGUGGUGAUCUACUUGUGUCGCAACAACACCAUCCAGACUAUGGAGGAGCUCCUGUUUGAGCUGCAGCAGACAGACCCAGUCAACCCAGUGGUGUUGCACUGUGACAACCCUCCCUUCUACCGCUUUGCUGCCAGCAACAAAGCCUCCACCUCACAGACCGGCACCACCUCCAGCAGUAACACUGUGGUGGCCGGUCAGGAGAACCUGCCAGACACAGAUGAGAACAAGCUGGUUAGGGAGGAAGAGCGCAGGGCGAGGGCGCACAACAGACUUGAGUCUCGCUACAGCAACAGCUCUGGAGGUUCCUACGAGGACGAAAAGAGUGACCCUCUCCCACCAUAUGCUGGUUGGCUACUGAGUGUCCUGGAGACCAACCGUCCUCAGCCGUUACCAAUGCCUGUUAACGGUGGCUGCUGGGCUCCUCUGGUUGACUACCUCCCAGAAACCAUUACACCUAGAGGACCACUGCACAGGUGUAACAUUGCGGUGAUAUUCAUGACUGAAAUGGUGGUGGACCACAGUGUGAGAGAAGACUGGGCUUUGCACCUGCCCCUGCUACUCCAUGCCCUUUUCUUGGGCCUGGACCACUACCGGCCAGAGGUCUACGAACACAGCAAGCGCCUCCUUCUCCACCUCCUCAUCGCCCUCUCCUGCAACAACAACUUCCAGGUCAUCGCCUCAGUUCUGAUGCUGACGAGAGAGAUCAGUGACAACAAGACGCUCACGAUCAAGUCCAGCUACCACACAGAGUACCAGCAGUCCCAUGCACCAGACUUCCUGCGAGAGUGGCAGGCCUCUCCAGUGGCCGACUCAGGCCUCUGCUCCACCUCCAACUCGUCCUCUGCCAGUCUGGGUGGCGGCAGCAUUGCGGGCAGUGUUGGAAAUCUGCCACUUGUGACCCCUGAUGACCUGGAGGAUCUUGAAGAUGCGUCCAACGAGACAGAUGAGAAGACAAACAAACUCAUUGAGUUCCUCUCCACAAGAGCGUUUGGGCCGCUGUGGGUGCACGAGGACAUCACACCAAAGAACCCCAACUCCAAGAGCUCGGAGCAGCUCUCCAACUUCUUACGGCACGUCGUCUCUGUCUUCAAGGAGUCCAAGUCUGACUUCCACCUGGAGCAGGAGCUGAGUGACGUGGCUUUACAGACAGCCCUGUGCAGCUCCUCGCGUCACUAUGCCGGCCGCUCUUUCCAGAUCUUCAGAGCCCUCAAACAACCAAUCAACAACCACGCCGUCUCUGACCUGAUCUCACGACUGGUGGAGGUGGUGGGAGAACACGGAGAUGAAGUGCAGGGGUAUGUGAUGGAGGUGCUGUUGACGCUGGAGUCAGUGGUGGUAAAUUUAGCAGAAUGUCUGAAGAACAGCGACCUUAUGGCAGCUCUAACCAGGACGUCCUCACCAGACUUUGUGACCAGUGAAAAACUGAUGAACAGGAAGAGCACGGGCCAGUUGAACUUCCCUGGCCCAGGAUUCGUGGGGUUGUCAUCGCAACGUCAUCAACGCUCCUACUCCGUCCCCAAGAAGUUUGGUGAAUGUAACAACCCGUCGUACGAUCCUCCUCGCAGUGCAACUCUGGAUCGCAUACAGGCCUGCAACAGUCACGGCCUCUCCCGAUCAGGAAGAAUCCCUGGCUCCUGCACGUCAUCCACCAAUCGUAUCGAUCCCAGUGUUCUAUCGGACCCCGCCCACGUUUCUCAUCCCUCAUCGAUACUGGCCACAGUCUUCUGGGUGGCCGUGGCACUCAUGGAGUCGGACUUUGAGUUUGAAUAUCAGAUGUCACUUCGUCUGGUUCACAAGCUGCUUUCAAAGGUUCCUCUGGACAGAGCGGAGAACCGUGAGCGCCUUGAGAAGCUGCAGGCUCAGCUGAGGUGGAGCGGCUUCUCUGGGAUUCAGCAGCUUUUGUUGAAGGGUUUUACCUCCCAGUCCACUUCCGACCUCACCUUGCAGCUCUUCUGCCAGCUCACGCCGGUAUCCCGUGUGCCUGUGGUGGACAGCUCACAGUCUAUAGGUUUCCCUCUGAACGUGCUGUGUCUGCUGCCUCACCUGGUGCUGCACUUUGGCCACCCCACUCAGUUCUGUAAAGAGAGCGCGGAGAGGAUCGCACAGGUGUGUUUGGUGGAGAAGAAAACCAAGCUGUCACAUUUGGCCCAUGUGAUGACGCUCUACAAGACACGCUCCUACACAAGAGACCCUUUCUCCUGGGUCAGUGUGGUUUGUCGCUACCUCCAUGAAGCUUUCUCCGACAUCACACUGAGCAUGGUCACCUAUAUGGCUGAGCUGUUGGAUAAGGGCCUUCCCAGCAUGCAGCAGUCUCUCCUCCAGAUCAUCUACUGUCUGCUCAGUCACAUGGACCUGACGGCUGUUCACGUCAAACAGUUCAAUGCUGAUGUCACCAAGACCAUUGAGAAGUUUGUCCAGACCAUACACUGGAAGGAUGCUCUGAACAUCUUAAAACUCGUGGUAUCACGUUCUGCCAGCCUCGUUCAUCCAGCGUACGGCCACACUCAGGGUGACCUUUCCAACCUCGAGGUCAGCAGGGUGUGGGACGGCUCAGCCAAGGCUCUGCCUGGGAAAACACUGGACUUCACCUUCGACAUCUCAGAGACUCCAGUGAUUGGCCGUCGGUUUGAUGAACUCCAGGGUUCAGGGGGCAGAGAGGGGAAAGCCAGAGCCAUGGCUGUUACCCGCAGCACUUCCUCCACUUCCUCUGGAUCCAACUCCAACACCAUCCUGGUGCCCGUCAGCUGGAGGCGACCACAGUCAUCUCAGAAAAGAACCAGAGAGAAGCUGGUGAACGUUUUGUCUCUUUGUGGACAAGAAGUUGGACUCACAAAGAACCCAUCUGUGAUCUUCUCAUCGUGUGGCGACUUGGACAUGAUGGAGGUGCGAGAGAGUGGCGUGUCAUCGGAGGAGGGCGGGACUAGAGAGGACACACUCGAUGACACCGCCAGUGAGCAGCAGUUCAGGGUUUUCAGAGACUUUGACUUCCUGGAUGUGGAGCUAGAGGACGGAGAGGAGCUCCAGGGCGAGACUGUCGAUAACUUUAAUUGGGGCGUGCGUCGGCGAUCUCUGGACAGCACGGAGCUGGGGGACAUGUUAGAGGAGAGCCAGCACUCAGGCAGCACUCCCAGCCUGGGUCACGAGGACCCCCACGAUUCGGAUGAGUCGUCAGAGGAGGAGGAGUCUUCAACCAGCCAGAGCCUCUCUCACUCUCAGCUCACUAACCCUUCUCCAUCAGAGGAGACAAAUCACACCGAUUCUCUGUCGACUUCUUAUGACACAUCUGCCGACCCACUUUCGUUCAAUGCCACCACACCAGGCCAUGGGGGCAUCCUUGAUGACCUCAGCGGCCUACAUGGGAGGGUGUAUGGAUGUGAGGAUGAGGACACUCAAGCCCAGGACGACGAGCUGUCCCUGAGCACCAACGAGCUCCCUCACGGCUCAGACUGCGGCGAGAGCCUCACCCUGGAGCUGCCGGGGCAGCCUCAGGAUCAGCUGCCCAACCAGGACCACCGCCUCAAUCCAGACUACUGCCAACCACCGCUGGACUUUCUAGACCCCAACUGUCUGCCCAGCUUACGUGAUGAUGUAGAUGACUUGGAAGACCUUGGUUUUCCUCCUCCCCCCUCUCCAUUUUUCUCCGCCAUCUUGGCAGCCUUCCAACCGACAGUGUGUGACGAUGCAGAGGACGCGUGGCGCUGUCAUAUCAACCAGCUCGUGACAGACUCAGAUGGGUCCUGCGCCGUGUACACGUUCCAAGUCUUCUCCUCUCUCUUUAAGAACAUCCAGGGGAAGUUCUGCACCCUGACGACUGAUGUUGCUACUUACCUGGGAGAGGGCUUGAGGGGCAUUGGAUCAAAGUUCCAAAGGUCCUCACAGAUGCUAACCACUUGCUCCGAUUGUCCCACAAUCUACAUCGAUGCUGAUACGAUCAUGUCCUAUGGUCUCCUUGAAAAGAUGAAGUUCAGUGCACUGGAGCUGCAGGAAUACCUGGACACCUACAACACCAAAGAGGAGGCUGCUGUAUUGUGGCUGAGGAACUGUAGGGACACAUUUCCACGGUGUCCUGGUGAGAGCGUAGUUUCAUGCCAGCCCGGAGACUCGGAGGAGAAGCAAAUGGAGUCUCUUGCACAACUGGAGCUUUGUCAGAGGCUCUACAAGCUGCACUUCCAGCUGCUCCUCCUCUUCCAGUCAUACUGCUCGCUCAUUGGUCAGGUUCAUGCCAUCAGCUCUGUGCCUGAGCUGCUGAACAUGUCUCGAGAGCUCACCGAUCUGAAGACCAGCCUGCAGGCGGCCGAGGCGGCAGUGGCCAGCGACCUGGAGCAGAAGCUCUUGGCCCACGCUCACGCUCACGCCACCCAGGCGGCAGCCGUGGUCGUGCCCAGCUUCCCCAGCUCAGAGGCAGCCGUUCAGGCCAUACUGGAGUGCCUUAAGAACCUCGAGUUCACCAAAGCUGUGCGCUACAUCCAGGAGUGCAGGAGGCAGUGGCCCAGUGGAGUGUUCGGUGGCAGCUCAGAGACCGAGGUCCAGACGCUGCUCAACAUCUAUUUUCGGCACCAGACGCUGGGCCAGACGGGAACCAUCGCCCUGGUCGGCUCCCGCCAGGACCUCAGCCUGAUCUGCUCCAAGCUGCUGGAGCUCAACGGGGAGAUCCGCGACAUGAUCCGCCGCGCCCAGGGUUACCGGGUCGUCACAACCUACCUCCCCGACUCCAGCGUUUCCGGGACCAGCCUCUGACAGGACCUCAGGAGCUCCCCCCCUCCCCUUCCUUCCCCACCCUCACCUCCCCCAUCACUGCAGCCGCUGACCCUUCCAAGACCCCCUCCACCUCCCUCUGCUCUGGAAGAGGAGGCCCAGCACCCUCAUACCUGGCCUUUGCCUCCUCCUGUGUUUCUGCUGCCCCGGUUGCACAGCUCCAGGCAGAUCCCUGCCCACCGCCCCGCCCCCCACUAGAGCCACAACCACAUUCAGAGCGUGAGCCAGACUUUUCUCUCCUCUCCUCAUCCUCCACUUCAGACUCUGAUUCCUCUUUUGCCAAACCUCCAGAUCUUUUCUCAUCACGUAGCUGCUCAAACACCCCGGGCCAAACAGAUUUUAAUCUGCCACACACACGAGAGCCAAGGAGGAGUUAUCUUGAUGAGAACACUAAUCUUUAUUAUCCUUUGAGAGGACGCUCAUCACACAGAUCCCCGCUGUCACAUUUAAACAGCACCAGACACUCAAUAUCAUCUCUUACAUCAGACACAUUACUGACUGUAGCGUCAGAACCCAACUUACUUUCACACCAUGACACAAACGCCUCGCCCAUACCCCCACCCGGCUCCCAUCUCCCACACAUCCCCCGCUCUCCGUACAAACACUCCAGCCCGUCCCCAGCUCUGCACCCUGGCCCCGACACAGUCUUAACCCGCGGCCCUGUCCCGUCUUCAUCCCUCCUCCCUCCCCCUCCUCCCCCUCCCCCUCCUCCCUGCCCCACCGCUCCAGGAGAGGGGGCAGCGUGGGGUUGUUGCUGCUCCCUCGGUGGAGCCGCUACGCCCCUAUCUCGCUACCUGGGGAAGGUGGGGCACGCCGCCCUGCCCCUAUUGAACGUAGGGGGGCUCCUGAAUGAUGAACCGUCAGACGUUCAGACCUGAGACGUCUAAACUCACCGUGACAGAGAACUAAUGACUUCUGACCAACCGGAAGAUCUUUCAAUCUGAAAAGGAGAACAUGACACACCAGAGACACUUGGAGAUUUUAACGGUUUAAGAAGAGCGACUCAUGACCCAGAAAUAAUGGGAUGUAUCACUGAACCCACUGGAUACUACAAAAUGCUGUAUGCUGACAAAGAUGACCUGAUGUUAUUCUAUCUGAGAACGAGCUUCGCUUUGCAGCUUCAUGUUGUGGAAUUGAUGUGCGUGUAGUUGAAGUUCUCCUCAUUCAGCACAGAAUCUGCUCGGCUCAGAUUUUGAACUUGCUUCCAGAGGAACUCGAGACCUGAUGAACUUGAUUUACUGCUACUGCCUCUUUCAGGAAGGACACCAUUGGCUGGUUGUAUCACCGGUGAGGAAACUACCUGCGACACUGCGUUCUAUAACUGGUUACAGUUUUCGCUAUUGCACUAAAUGGAAUUUUGGUAUUAAAUGGAAAAAUGUUACAGGAGGGCAGUUACUUUACUGUUUUUGUUACUGUGAGAGAAAGGGCCGUCACUUUUACUGAGAGGGAAAAGCCAAAACCUGGAGUGACUCCUCUCUCCUGUUGUGUCUGCUGUUUUGAGAAACCGUGCAAUGCAUGACGCAGCUCGAUGCUUUCUACUGUACGCCCACAUCCCUUCUGCUCCCUGAGAGUCUGCCCCCUCCAGACUGACUGAAAAGACUGAUAGAGAAAGAGCGGAUGCAAAAUAUUCAAGAGUAAUUCCUAAUGCUGCCCUUCGCUCUGUUUAUAUUCUGUGUCAGCUUGUCCUCCGGCUACUGAUGUAAACAAUGGUGGACUAUUCAUGCCGUUAUCUGUGAGUGAGGCACACUCCUCUGUGGCUAGUUGUAGCAUCAUUAGUGAGUGUGCACACUGUAUAUAUCCUCCUGUCCGACACUGUAACACUUUGACCUUACAUGUUCACAUGCCAAGAGGACGGUGCAUGUAUACACUCAAAUAUUUUUGUCUUUUGUCUGUAUACUGUUAAUAGAUAUGGCCACACAACCAUAGUAGCAUAUGUCUGUGUGUGGUUUGUAGUUACCUUACACGUGAGGGAAGGCUGACAUUCAGCGCUCUCUGUUGUUGUUCAAAACUAAACUCGUGCUACUACUGAAGUUCAACACUUCCUGUCGUCUGCCACUUUUUGUGACUCUCCUUCGUCCGUCCCCCCCCCCCAUGAGUAGUCACUUCCCCUUCGCUGGACAAAUGUCUUCUCCCUAUUUAUAUCUGAUCAGCUAUGAAUCAACUCAUUUGACCUAGGUUUUAUAUUGAUGUAUUGUCCUCUCAAACUGCCAUGCAUGCAUCUUCUGUGUACUGUAUGGAGUGUUGGAACUAUUUAUUAACAAUCAUGUUUGUAUGAGGUACAAAAGGGAGCUUUGAGCUCAUGCGGGUGUCCCCCCAGUAGAGUGGGAGAAUGUGUGUGUGUGCAUGCCAAACAUGAAAUUGCACAUUUUUAAAGCUUUUUAGAUGAAGACUGUAGUUGUUUUUUUCACCUUGUAAAUACUUUUACAGCCUUUGUGAAGUUGUUUUGAGUUGAUGCUCUGUUCAAGUCGGUGUCAAAGUAAAGACAUAUCAAUUA